AUGGGACUUUACAAUAACUCGUUUGUGGACCCAUCAACAGUGACUCUGGUUGGAAUUCCCGGACUUGAACAUCUCCACUUCUGGAUUGGAUUCCCUUUUUGUUUCCUUUGCAUAGUAGCCCUGCUGGGAAAUGUCCUUCUAUUGAUUAUUAUCCCAAUAGAGCGCAGUCUUCAUCAGCCCAUGUACAUCUUCCUGGCUAUCCUAGCUGCUACUGACCUGGGCAUAUGUGCUGCCAUAGCCCCCAAGAUGCUGGCCAUCUUCUGGUUUCGUGCCUGUACCAUGGCCUUUGAUGCUUGUCUCACUCAGCUAUUCUUUAUUCAUGCCCUACAAGGGAUGGAGUCAGGCAUCUUGCUGGCCAUGGCCUUUGACCGCUAUGUGGCAAUUUGUGAUCCUCUUAGGCAUUCAACCAUCCUCACACCAACCAUCCUGAGUCGGAUGAUAUUGGUAGUAUCAAUGAGAGCUGUUGUAUUAGUUGGCUUACUGCCCCUCCUGAUCAAACGUUUUCACUUCUUCCAUACUACUGUCAUAGCCCAUUCUUACUGUGAGCAUAUGGCUGUGGUCAAAUUGUUGUCUGGGAAUGUCCAGACAAAUAAGUCCUUUGGGUUGUUUGUAGCAUUUGCCAUACUGGGUUUUGACAUGGUUUUUGUUCUUGUUUCUUAUUCCCUAAUCAUCUGGACAGUUUUUCACCUUCCCCAGAAGGAGGCAAGAUUGAAAGCACUUAAUACCUGCACAGCUCAUAUUUUUGUCUUUCUUGAAUUCUAUGUCCUUGCUUUCUUCUCAUUUUUUAGCCAUCGUUUUGGCCAUGUGGCUCCCUUUGCUCACAUUCUUCUGUCUACUCUCUACCUUCUUGUGCCUCCUGCUCUUAAUCCCAUUGUUUAUGGAGUGAAAACUAAGGAAAUCCGUGUCAAGGUGCUAAGGAUAUUCACUCCAAAAGACAGUUUCUUGAAGUGA